GUAUAAACAACAAACGUGUAUGGGCCAUUAGCCGCCAUAUAGUAACCACAGGAAUCCGCAGACAUGCUGGUGGAGCUCUGUCAGCAUUACGUCGUACUAGGUCUGCUGGUCACAUCGUUCGGUUCAGGAUUGGUGUCGGCCAAGGUCGUGAACCGGCUAGUCGCUCCGGUGGAUAUGCAGAACGACAUUUUCGUCGGUCCAAACGACAGGAACGAAGUUAACGACUGCAAGUCCAGCGUUGUGCGGUGGAUUGACGAUCUCCAUCGCAAAAUCGUCCACAAGGUGCAUGUGAAAUUGUGUAAAAUGACAUACAAAUACAUGAAGAACGUACUGGGAAUCAAAGAGUUCAACUUGGAUACGCCUUGCAACGACUAGUAGCAACCGCUUGACGCAUUACAAAUAACUUCUAUCACAUCA